AUGUACAGCGUGCGCUGCAAGAAGAAGACGGCCGAGGCGCGCACACCCCGGCGCCCGGCUCCCUCUGGAGGUAAAAUGCACACUUGCUGCCCCCCAGUAACUUUGGAACAGGACCUUCACAGAAAAAUGCAUAGCUGGAUGCUGCAGACUCUAGCAUUUGCUGUAACAUCUCUCGUCCUUUCGUGUGCAGAAACCAUCGAUUAUUAUGGGGAAAUCUGUGACAAUGCAUGUCCUUGUGAGGAAAAGGACGGCAUUUUAACCGUGAGCUGUGAGAACCGAGGGAUCAUCAGCCUCUCUGAAAUCAGCCCUCCCCGUUUCCCAAUCUAUCAUCUCCUCUUGUCUGGAAACCUUUUGAACCGACUCUAUCCCAAUGAGUUUGUCAAUUAUACGGGGGCUUCGAUUUUGCACCUGGGUAGCAAUGUAAUCCAAGACAUUGAGACGGGGGCUUUCCAUGGGCUGCGGGGUUUAAGGAGGUUGCAUCUGAACAAUAAUAAACUGGAACUUCUGCGCGAUGAUACCUUCCUUGGCUUGGAGAAUCUGGAAUACCUACAGGUCGAUUACAAUUACAUCAGUGUCAUUGAACCCAAUGCUUUUGGGAAACUGCAUUUGUUGCAGGUGCUUAUCCUCAAUGACAAUCUCUUGUCAGGUUUACCCAAUAACCUCUUCCGUUUUGUGCCCUUAACGCACUUGGACCUGCGGGGAAACCGACUGAAACUUCUGCCCUACGUGGGCCUGUUGCAGCACAUGGAUAAAGUGGUGGAGUUACAGCUGGAGGAAAACCCCUGGAAUUGCUCUUGCGAGCUGAUCUCUCUCAAGGAUUGGCUGGACAGCAUCUCUUACUCCGCCCUGGUCGGGGAUGUGGUUUGUGAGACUCCCUUCCGCUUACAUGGCCGGGACUUGGACGAGGUAUCCAAGCAGGAACUUUGCCCGAGGAAACUUAUUUCAGACUAUGAGAUGAGGCCACAGACGCCUUUGAGCACCACGGGGUACUCCCACACCACCCCAGCCUCGGUGAAUUCCGUGGCUACUUCUUCCUCUGCUGUUUACAAACCCCCCUUGAAACCUCCCAAGGGGACCCGCCAACCCAACAAGCCCAGAGUGCGCCCCACCUCUAGGCAGCCCUCUAAGGACUUGGGCUACAGCAACUAUGGCCCCAGCAUCGCCUACCAGACCAAAUCCCCGGUGCCUUUGGAGUGUCCCACCGCGUGCACUUGCAACCUGCAGAUCUCCGACCUGGGCCUGAACGUCAACUGCCAGGAGCGCAAGAUCGAAAGCAUUGCCGAGCUGCAGCCCAAACCCUACAACCCCAAGAAGAUGUAUCUGACGGAGAACUACAUCGCCGUGGUGCGCAGGGCCGACUUCCUGGAGGCUAUGGGGCUGGACCUCCUGCACCUGGGUAACAACCGGAUCUCCACCAUCCAGGAUCGAGCCUUCGGGGAUCUCAGCAACUUGAGACGCCUUUACCUGAAUGGCAACCGGAUCGAGCGGCUGAGCCCAGAGUUGUUCUAUGGCCUGCAGAGCCUGCAGUAUCUCUUCCUGCAGUACAACCUCAUCCGCGAGAUCCAGUCUGGAACGUUCGAUCCGGUCCCCAACCUCCAGCUGCUAUUCCUCAACAACAACCUGCUGCAGGCCAUGCCGUCGGGGGUCUUCUCGGGCCUCACCCUGCUCCGGCUGAACCUGAGGAGCAACCACUUCACCUCUCUGCCGGUCAGCGGCGUCUUGGACCAGCUGAAGGCGCUCAUCCAAAUCGACCUGCACGACAACCCGUGGGAGUGUACGUGCGAGGUGGUGGGCAUGAAGCUGUGGGUGGAACAGCUCAAGGCGGGCGUCCUGGUGGACGAGGUGAUCUGCAAGGCGCCCAAGAAGUUCGCCGACACCGACAUGCGCGCCCUCAAGUCUGAGCUGCUGUGCCCGGACUACUCGGACGUGGUGGUGUCCACACCCACGCCCUCGUCCAUCCAGCUCCCCGCCAGGACCAGCGUGGGGACCCCCGCGGUGCGCCUGAACGGCACGGGCGCCCCCGCGGGCUUGGGGGCGGGCGGCGGCCGGGCGUCGUCGGUGCCCUUGUCGGUGUUGAUCCUCAGCCUGCUGCUGGUGUUCAUCAUGUCGGUCUUCGUGGCCGCCGGCCUCUUCGUGCUGGUCAUGAAGCGCAGGAAGAAGAGCCAGAGCGACCACACCAGCACCAACAACUCGGACGUGAGUUCCUUCAACAUGCAGUACAGCGUGUACGGCCCGGGCGGCGGAGGCGUCGGCGGCGGGGGCGGCGGGAGUGGGGGCGGCGGCGCGGGGGGUCACCCGCACGCCCACGUGCACCACCGCGGGCCCGCGCUGCCCAAGGUGAAGACGCCCGCGGGCCACGUGUACGAAUACAUCCCCCACCCCCUGGGCCACAUGUGCAAAAACCCCAUCUACCGGUCGCGGGAAGGCAACUCGGUGGAGGAUUACAAAGACCUGCACGAGCUCAAGGUCACCUACAGCAGCAACCACCACCUGCAGCAGCCGCCGCCGCCGCCGCCGCCGCUGCAACCCCAGCCGCCGCCGCCGCCGCCGCUGCAGCUGCAGCCCGGGGACGACGAGCGGCGGGAAAGCCACCACCUGCGGAGCCCCGCCUACAGCGUCAGCACCAUCGAGCCCCGGGACGAGCUGCUGGCGCCCGUGCCGGACGCGGACCGCUUCUACAGGGGCAUUUUAGAGCCCGACAAGCACUGCUCCAGCACCCCUGCUGGCAACAGCCUCCCGGAGUACCCCAAAUUCCCCUGCAGCCCUGCUGCUUACACUUUCUCCCCCAACUAUGACCUGAGACGCCCCCAUCAGUAUUUGCACCCGGGGGCCGGGGACAGCAGGCUGCGAGAACCGGUGCUCUACAGCCCCCCGAGCGCUGUCUUUGUAGAACCCAAUCGGAACGAGUAUCUGGAGUUAAAAGCUAAACUAAACGUUGAGCCGGACUACCUCGAAGUGCUGGAAAAACAGACCACAUUCAGUCAAUUCUAA